CUACUUUCGGUCACUUGCCUUGUAUAGUGGUGGACUCGCUUUCUCUCUCUAAAAAUCAAGAGAGAGAAAAAGGGCACAAGGAUAUAGAGGAGUCCAUUAGUCUACACUUUUUCUCACCUUUGAAUUCUUCUUUGUUUGCUUGCUAAGCAAAAUCAUAGAAGACCCACAAAACCAGAUCGGCGAUCCACCGGAAAAGCAAGAAAUCGGUUGUAAAUGGGUCAACAGAAGGCUUUGAUCUAUGCGUUUGUCGGUCGUGGGAAUGUUAUAUUGGCUGAAUACACAGAUUUCAGUGGUAACUUCAACUCCAUAGCUUAUCAGUGUCUUCAGAAGCUGCCUGCUUCCAAUAACAAGUUCACUUAUAACUGUGAUGGUCAUACCUUCAACUACCUUGUUGAUAAUGGAUUCACAUACUGUGUGGUUGCUGAGGAGUCUGUUGGAAGACAAAUUCCAAUAGCGUUUUUGGAGCGCAUUAAGGAUGAUUUCAUGUCAAAAUAUGGGAGUGGGAAGGCUGCAACAGCUCCUCCUAAUAGCCUGAACAAGGAAUUUGGCCCUAAGUUGAAGGAGCAUAUGCAGUAUUGUGCUGAACAUCCUGAGGAAAUUAGCAAACUUGCCAAGGUGAAAGCACAGGUUUCAGAAGUUAAGGGUGUUAUGAUGGAAAACAUUGAGAAGGUUCUUGAUCGUGGAGAGAAGAUAGAGCUUCUUGUUGAUAAGACAGAGAACCUUCAUCACCAGGCACAGGACUUCAGGAACACGGGAACCCAAAUACGGAGGAAGAUGUGGCUGCAAAACAUGAAAAUCAAGCUGAUAGUGUUAGGUAUCCUGAUAGCUUUGAUCCUCAUCAUUGUUCUCUCAGUUUGCAAGGGAUUCAAUUGUGGAAAGUGAGGAUGUUUCUAUUGUGAUGCUAUAGUUGUAUGAAAAGCUUUUGUCUUAUAUCAGCAUUUACAGUUCUGUGAGAAUAGAGACGGUGUAUGUUCUGUAUGUAUUAGCCUACUCACUUUUUUUCUGUUUGUUGGAGCAGAAAGGAUCAGAGUUUUCUCUUCUUUAUAUUCUGGUCUAAAUGUCGUAGUAUAUGAUGCCGCCAUUGAGAGGUCAUUUUGUGCUGUUAAUGAUAUGUUCCUUUUUAUAAGAAAAAGACCUGCAAUGCUAGAAACUCUUGUCAAUGAUAUUCAAUUUUUCAUCCA